AGAUGCUUAAUUAUGACAGCAUUAGAGAAUAGUGUUAAAGAAAACACAAGUUCAGUAGGCAAAGGAAACAUAACUUCCAUGCCUGGAUCACAUCGAGGAACUGGUAGUGGUCGGCUAUCGCUGAGAGGGCAGAAAAGAACUCUAUCAUCUGAUAUAUCUCCUGCUCCUGAGCUCAGAGCAAGCCACAGAAUUAGAACCAAUAGUUCUGGAGAUGGUGAUUCUCAUAAGGGUGUGCGUGGCAGCAGCAAGGGUGCCAAUGCAGCUUUGAGUGGCAGUGGUGGCAUUAUUGGCAUUCCUUAUUCUCAUCGCGCUGUACAAUUAGGGCUUCGCCGUAAUCCAUCCUCAACACUCUCCUAUACAACAAAUUCCAUUCAUUUAUCAAGUGGAGGAGAAUCUGUGGGUAGUCCAGGGCUUGCUGGUGGUCGAGUGGCUGGUGUAUGUCCUCUUGCAAAUCUUGGCAACACCUGCUUCCUCAACUCGGUUCUCUAUGCCCUCAGAUUUUUGCCAGGCUUUACUCAUGACUUACAUCAUCUACACACACAUUUGCAAGCUGCAAGAGGUGAAGGUGACGAGUCAGUACAACACCGAGUGCAGUUCUUGUCUGAACUGCACUCGGUGUUUGCCCAGCUGGCAAAAGAAGAGAGCAAUGUCACUGAGGGCAAGAGACUUCCUGCUCUACAACCCUACCCAUUCCUACAGGCUCUUAGAGUUGUGAACCCGAUGUUUGAAGGAAACCGUCAGCAGGAUGCACACGAGUUACUGCACUGUUUAUUAGACCAGCUCUGUCAUUUACCACAAGAUCUUGUCAAGCGGGAUGCUGUUGUCAAGAACCUCUCCAACAACGCUUCCUUACUGUCGCCACGCCCUUCCUCUCCUCCUCACAAGAAGGCCAGGCGACGUUCUGAGCGAAUACAAGCUCUUGAAGAAGACAACAGCAAGGCUGUGGACGUUGUGGGCAGCAAGUUCGUUGGACGGAUGUGCCUGGAGACUUGCUGCUCUGAGUGCGAGAAAGUCACGGGCAGGGAAGAGACUUUCCUUGAAGUUUGUGUUCCUGUUAAAACUAAAGCCGACUUUGAUGAUGACGAACCGCCAAGCGAAUGUGAAGUAUUCAUGUCGGCGCUGUGCGAGGAAGAAUGUUUACAAGGCAACAACAAGUAUUGGUGCGAUGCUUGCAGCCACCACAAUGAGGCGCGCCGCAGUGUGCACUACCCGCAACUACCUCAUCAUCUUCUCAUACACGUCAAGCGCUUCUCUUCAUACAGCAGAAACAUGUACACCUCUAAGUGCAGCGACGCGAUGCCGGCGCCUCUGCAUCUCGCCUGCUUCUGCCGCACUUGUCUGGAGACGCAAUUGCAUCAACAGAUCAAUUCUUCCUACCAUUCCAUUGUUAAUUCAAGCACUGAGAUGAACGCUAAUAAUUCCGGAACAAAGAGUAAAGUUUCGUCAUCUAUUAGAUCUUCAGCCGGUAACAAACAAGCUAAAGAUGCCACGACUCACCUUCCUUAUGAACUUUCUGCUAUGGUGUGUCAUCUUGGAGCCUCUCUGUCCUCAGGUCACUACAUGACUUACGUGCGCGUCAGCCCUGAGUUGUCAUCAGCCUGUGUAGACCAACACGGCUGCGUGGGAGGAGAUUACGCCCCCGCUGCCCCCACGGCAGACGCAGCGCCGCCUGCUAAUGGCAGUCACGCCGGCAUCAGCGCGGCCUCAGUGCCUGCUGACUCCAGCGAGUGUUUGUGGGGCGACUGUUGUGCUCUCAAGCUCGACCAAAUUCUGCCUCAGUUCUCCGCCACGUCACUCACUAACGGUUACGCGUCUGACGUUGAAGCUAAAAGCAGUCAACACAAGUCUACCAAUAAAGGCGCUUUUACUGAAGGAAGAAACAAGCAGCUGGGCAAGAGCAACAGUAAAGCCAUCGCCAGCAACGCAGCAUCUGCGUCAGGAUUUUGGCUUGAAUGUGAUGACGAAAAAAUUAAAAUGGUCACUGCAGCUGAAGUGCUCGACAGAAUGAAGGGCACUCUCAUCACACCCUAUCUUCUCUUUUACUCGAGAAUAUCCAUCAAUUCUUGCUAACCUCAGCAAUUACAUAGCUUGAGCUUCUAAGCGAAUGCUAGGUGAAUAUGCAGUUUUUUCUUGUCCCAAUGUGACAUGUCUAAUAGUGUUCCUUUUUCCACUGGUCUUCAGAGCGAUUUUUCGAUGACAUUAUCAUCUGUACAGAGCAAUCUUUAAGUUCUCAUUGACAAGUUCACGAUGCUGACUAUUUCGAAAUGAUUUUAUUUGCACAUAUUUGAAGAAAUUAUUUUUUAGCGUUAAAAAAUUGGAAGCAAGUGCAGACUUGUGCACAGUAACUUAGAGUAGGUAUAAUGUGCUCUCCUAUUUGGUAUGAAACUAAAGAAUUAAAAAUUGACUAAUAUUUAUUAUGCUGACUGUAGGUAUGAUACUGAAGUGUGCUAUCAAAAGCUUGAAGCCAAUUUAGCUUCACAAUAGGAUGGAUAUCGAAUGGAAGUUUUGUGGAAUAUCGUUGUGCUUUUGCUAAACAAAAUUUUUUAUGAGGUUCUAAUGAAGAUUACAAAUUUGUUGUCAGAAAAUUUGGUAUUUUACAUUUUAACUAAAUCACGAGAAUCAUAGCAACCUCCUAAAAGACCUCUCUCGGAAACGUUUCAUGUGACGAUUUGUAGUGGGGCUAUAGUAAGCAGAUGUGAUUAAAAAUAUUCUAUUUGCGGCAGAAAAAAGUUAUUUAAACAUUAUACUCAAGUUUGACACCUCAGAGAAUUAUGAUCAAGUUAAGAUUUAUUGCUACAUUCAACUGUAGUCCUGCUGAAGUCCUUGAAUCUUGUCUGAAAUUCCUCGUGUUUUGUCCUCGAAAAUGAACCUCCGUUUUCGAAUGUUUUAAUAUGUAGCUCAUGUUCAUCUGGAUAGAGGGCAUGCUAAAUAAAAAGGAGUUUUUUUUUCAUGCUCGCUGCUCAGCACAAAACUCCUAUUUUCUAUGGUGGGAGAAAGUUACUAACUUCAACUUCCUGUCAGGCAUGAAAACGUUUGUGUUUUUGUCUUACUUUCUUUUCUUCCAUUGUAAUCACUGUAAGGACAUUUCUGCCUGUUGCCGUUAUAUUAAUUUUUUUAAGUAGGCGAAUAAAUCACGUGCUUGUUCUGUCUUUAAUGGCAGCCGGUAAAUAAUCUUUUUUUUUCUUCAAGUGAAUCUAUCUUCACAAUCUUCUCCGACUUAUUUGAUCGCUUUGACAAUCGUUCGGUAGUGUGAAAAAUGUCCAUAUUGCUUUUAAAUUUUCUCAAAUAUUUAAUGUGUAUCAAUGUGAUUGAUCUUAUGAACAUAGUUUUUAUUGAAAAGCUGUCUCCUCUAAUUCUGAUUGGUCAUCUUCAUUACAUUCAGCUUAUUUAUACCGUG